CCAUGAUGAAUGUGGCCGUGAUUGGGGCAGGCGUGAUCGGACUUUCCACUGCUCUGUGCCUCCAUGAGCAUUACCACCGCACCCUGCAGCCCCUGUCCAUCAAGGUGUACGCUGACCGCUUCACGCCCCUCACAACGAGUGAUGGGGCUGCCGGCUUCUGGCAGCCCUACCUCUCAGAGGACCCACAGGAGAGGGCUUGGAAUCAAAAGACCUUUGACUACCUAUUGGGCUAUCUCGGCUCUCCAGAAGCCAAGAAAAUGGGCCUUUUCCUCCUCUCAGGAUACAACCUCUUCCCCAAAGCUGUCCCGGAUCCCUCCUGGAAGGACACAGUUCUGGGUUUUCGGAAACUAACACCCCGGGAGCUCGAGCUGUUUCCUGGCUACAGCUAUGGCUGGUUCAAUACUGCACUGAUCCUGGAAGGCAAGAGCUACCUGCCAUGGCUUACCCAGAGGUUAACGGAACGGGGAGUCCAGUUCUUCCUGAGAAAAGUCCAUUCCUUUGAGGAGGUGGCAAGAGAAGGGGCAGACGUGAUCAUCAAUUGCACUGGAGUGUGGGCUGGGGAGCUGCAGGCCGACCCCCUGCUGCAGCCCGGACGGGGUCAGGUCCUCAAGGUCUCAGCCCCUUGGAUGAAACACUUCAUUGUCACCCACAGUGAAGAUGCUGGGAUCUACAAGACCCCAUAUAUCAUUCCCGGGAGCCAGACAGUGACUCUGGGUGGCAUCUUUCAACUGGGGAACUGGAAUGAGAAGAACGAUGCCCAGGACCACAAUACAAUUUGGGAAGGCUGCUGCCGCUUGGAGCCCACACUGCGGGAUGCAGACAUCGUGUGUACAUGGAGUGGUUUCCGGCCAAUCCGAUCCCAAAUCCGGCUGGAGAGAGAGAAGCUAUCUCAUGGGCCCUUCAAGGCAGAGAUCAUUCAUAACUACGGCCAUGGUGGUUAUGGACUCACCAUCCAUUGGGGCUGUGCCUUGGAGGCUGCCAAGCUCUUUGGGCAAAUCCUAGAAGAAAGGAAACUGCCCAAUAUUCCUCCAUCCCACCUCUGAAGGUGCCUGGAUCUCAGCCUCCAAAGAAAGUCAUUCUCCCUCAUUCCCCCAUCCCUCCCCUUGACUUCAUUAAUCGACCCAUUGAGUCAGAUGAUUUCCUACCACCUCCCACCUCCCUUCUUCCCAUCCCCAAUCCUUUAUGCCAAGAAGCCUGAGAAAAAAUCAGGAGUGAAGGGGGUUCACAUGCUGGACAGAAUAAACAGUCCUGGGAUUCCAUGGCUCACUGGGACCACUACUGAAGAGAAGACUUCUCUCCUGGAUGUGAGGAAGGGUCGUUCCCAGGCCUGGGGGACAGAAGGAAAGGGUGCCUGGUGCCCUGCCAAAAAAUUUCAUGUGGGAGGAGAGAGUCGAAAGAAAUGUAGGGAACUUUAUCCAAACAGAUUUAAAGCUGGUUAGACCUCGGGGGCAAUCUAGUCCAACCCUCCUCAUUUUACGGAUGAGGAAACUGAGGCAUAAGAAGGUUCAAGGUCACACCAGGAGUAUUGACACUCAGAAUCACAUAAUAUUAGAGACAUAAGAGACCAUCUAGGCCAAUGCUUCCAUUUUACAGAUGAGAAGACUGAGCCCCUCAAGGGAAGCUGACUUACCGAAGGUCACAUAGCUUGUUCUACAGUGCAGAUCUUUUGAUUCCUAGGUUAGGAUACUUUUUACUAGACCCUGUUGCAUAAGGCUGGGAGGAGGGCAGAUCCAGAAGUCCUGAACUCUAAAGAACUGGGAAAACAGAGAAGUGGGAAGCCUGGAACCGACAACAGAGGAGGACCAUCCCAUGCCCUAGUUAUCUGGUGGCCUAAGCUAGCCAGCUCAGCCUCAUGGCACCAGCAGUUCCACCUAACUCUCCUCUGGCCCUGACUCCAGCCCCUUGACAGCAUCACUCCACAAGGAAAUCUUGUAGUAAAAAAAAAAAAAAAAAAAAAAAAAAACAGAA